UUCACCGUCGCGACGCAUCGUCGCGCAGCGAAUUCUCUUCUGGCUCGCGGUGAGACCCCGAAACGUCCGACUCUCCCUCGUAAGUUCCCUCCCGUUAAAUCGUCGUAAACGGGAGGACGCGGAGCUCGAGAUCGAUAGGAAAAUCACGAGAAGGGCGAGUCAGGGCGCAAUCGCGGCCCCUCGGUCUCGGGCGACCUCGGCGGGCCACGUGAUUCCUGGUGCGCGCGUCGGCCGCGGGCGGCGUGGCGGUCGCGCCGCUUCGGCAACGCCGCUCGCAGAGCCGAGUGGCACUCGUGGAGCAACACACCCAAUGUUUGUGUUUUCGAAUUUUUCGCGAGGCACGAGCGGACCGCGGUGCUGACUUCCCGGAACGAUGUAGCGACCAGGCGGCGUAACCGAAGAUGUGGACGACCACGAAGACGACGAAGUACGGCGUCGCACUUUACAACUGGCGAGGGGAUACGCGUUACGGACUGCCACUCGAGAUCGGGGAAACCGUGCAAAUCUUGGAAGAAUGUGCAGGUUGGUACAGAGGAUUCUCCACGAAGAACCGAGCGAUCAAGGGCAUCUUCCCGAGCUCGUACGUUCACCUGAAGCCGUGCAAAAUCGAGAACGAAGGCCUCUUCGAGUCCGUCAUCCCUCUGGAGGAUCCCGUCGUCCGGGAAGUUACCCUCGUCCUCAGAGAAUGGGGCGGAAUUUGGAAGCGGCUCUACGUGGAGCGGGAGACCUACAAGUUCAAUACCUUGCGGAAGGUUAUGCGAGAGUUGCUGGAAUGGCGGAGGCAACUUCUUGCCGGGACGCUUACCACCGACCAGACGCGGGAGUUAAAAUUACAGAUCAUCAACAAGGUGGACUGGGGCAAUCGGAAACUUGGCUUGGACUUGGUGCCCAGGCAAGGAGCUCACAUGGUGGACCCGGACACGAUGUCCCUCGUCGAGCUGUACCACGUGCACGUCCAAAGCGCAGAAAACUCUCAGGGUGCAUCGGCGAGGGGCACCCUUAGGCGGAAGGAGCACAAAAAGGUCCUGACGCACCAUCUCUACUUCUGCAUGCGGGAUUUCGGCCACUACGUCGGCGAAGACGCGGAGAUCUACUUCUCCCUCUACGACGCGAGAAGGAGCCAGUACCUGAGCGAGCGAUUCCUGGUGAGGAUCUCCAAGGAGGGCUUCUCGAACUACGUCGAGAAGAUGCACAGCAACUGCACGAUUUUCACCGACCUGGGGAACGCCGACCUGAGUCGGGACCUCUACAUGGUGGCCCACGUGAUGAGGUGCGGAAGGAUGCUCUAUUCGGACUCCGGCAAGAACAAGUCGGGGGGCACGGUUUACAGGAGACCCCACGGGGUCGCCGUUCUGUCCCUCGCGGAGGCCACGCAGGAUCACACCGAAGAACUCGAGAUGACUUUCAAGGUGUACCAGGGCGAGGAGAAGGAGUUCCAUCAGCUCCACGAGCAGAUCAUCCGGAACAACAAGUGUUCCCCGCUUCCAGGGCAACCCAAUUACGGGAUAGUGGUUUCCCUGAGGGUCUUGCACGGAGAACUGUUGCAAGUUCGCGAAGAGCACCCCCUACUCUUCAAGAACAUCUGCCUGACCAAGAAACUCGGUUUCUCCGACGUGAUCAUGCCCGGGGACGUGAGGAACGAUCUCUACCUAAAACUGGAGCACGGAGAGUUCGAGCGCGGGGGCAAAUCCACGGGAAAGAAUAUAGAGGUGACGAUACUAGUCUUGGAUGCCGAGGGCCAGCCUUUGGAGGGCUGCUUGUUCGGGGCGGCAGGAAUGGACGGUAGCUCGGAGUACCAGAGUCUCAUCAUUUAUCACCACAACAGCCCCUACUGGGCAGAGACCGUCAGACUGGCGAUACCCAUCGAGAAAUUCUACGGCAGCCACGUGCGCUUCGAAUUUCGGCAUUGCUCGACUCGGGAGAAAAACGAUAAAAAGCUCUUCGGCUUCGCUUUCGUAAGGCUGAUGGAGCCCGGCGGUGCGACUCUUCAGGACGGGCCGCACGAGCUGUACAUCUACAAGUGCGAGGAACGCGUCAAGCUGGACUCGCUCGGCUACCUGUCCUUGCCCAGCAGUACCAGGGAACCAAAUUGUCCUGGAGUCGCGCCGUUCACGAGGUCACCAAAGGAGGCGGUCUUCGUUCACUCGCUCCUAUGCAGCACAAAGUUGACCCAAAACGUCGACCUGUUGAGCCUCCUCCAAUGGAAGGCCCGUCCGGAAAGGAUAUCCGAAGCCCUGGGCCGCGUCUUGAGGCUGGACGGCGAGGAAUUGGUCAAAUUCCUCCAGGAUAUUCUCGAUGCGCUGUUCUCCAUGUUCCACACCGAGGACGGAAACUCCACGGCCCAUUCCGGCCUGGUCUUUCAGGUCCUGGUCUCGAUAUUCAGCUUGCUGGAAGACUCAAAGUUCGAGCACUUCAAACCGGUGAUGGACGCGUACAUUUCCGGACACUUCGCCGCGGCGCUGGUUUACAAAGGUCUCCUCAGUAGCGUUCAGCAUUGCGCGGACUGGGUAAAGGCUGCCGAGAGGCAGGAGCCCAUAAUGAAGUGCUUUCGCUCCCUGGAGUACAUCUUCAAGUUCAUCAUCCAGAGCCGCUUGCUGUUCGCCAGGGCCACGGCCGGCCAAUACGAGGACAGCUUCAAGAGGGAUCUCUACUGCGUUUUCGCGGCCCUGAACAAGAUGCUGAGCAUGCCGUACGACGUGGUCCUGCUGUCCCAGGUCGCCCUGCUGCUGUCGAUCUCGGCGGUCUUCGAGCAGCUGAUCGCUGUCAUGCCGGUCCUCGAGGUCGCGAAGUUGACCUGCACGAUGCUCGACUCCGUUCCCAGGGAACCCUCGCCGCAGCUGAUGCAGGCCAAAUUGGUCACCAUCAAGAACCUCGUCACUUCCGGGCUCUUUCAGGACGAUGAGAGCAGGAAUCUGCUUCUGGUAACGAUCUGCCGGCACCUGAGAGUCCACCUGGCGAAACGCGAGGAACUGAGAGCCUGCACCGACAUUCUCGGCGAGAUCCUCAGCUUCCUGCACAAAAGGGGUCGCGAUACGAACAAAGUCAAUAACUGCAUCCACCACGACGUAGAGACCCUUUGUCUCUCCACGCUGGAGGUUCUCAUACAGACCAUCCUGAUAAUUAUCGACUCCAACAGCCCGGUUCUGGGCUGCCUGGUCGCCUGCCUCGUCGGCCUUCUGCAGCUCCUCGACGAGUACCACUAUUCCAGACUUUGGGAGGAGCUCACUCACGGCGGGGAGAGGAAGCCCCUGAAGGACUUCUUGCUCAGGGUAUUCCUCGUCUUUAGGGACCUCGUCAAGCAGGAGGUCUUCCCGCCUGACUGGCUGGUCAUCAGGAUGCAGGCCAACAACGUGAUCCUCAAGUCUCUCCAAGAAUUGGCCCAACCUUUGGCUUUCAGAUUUCUGAAUAGCGGCUUCGACUCCCAGCUCUGGUCCACGUACUUCAACCUGGCCGUAGCGUACCUCACUCAGCCGUCCCUUCAGCUGGAACAGUUCUCCGAGGUCAAGAGGGAGAAAAUCGUCGAGAAAUACGGGGAUAUGAGGGUCCUCAUGGGAUUCCAAAUCCUGUCGAUGUGGUCCAAUCUGAGAGAACGAAAACUAGACUUUAUUCCCAGCAUGGUUGGGCCCUUUUUGGAGGUCACCCUCGUGCCCGAGAGCGAACUCAGGAAGGCAACCUUGCACAUCUUCUUUGACAUGAUGGAGUGCGAACAGAGAACCAGGGGGAGCUUCAAGUCCGUCGAAUCGGAACUCAUCGAUAAACUGGACAUCCUCAUCAGCGAGAAUAAGGGCGAUGACGAGUACCGACGACUCUUCAAUACAAUGUUAUUGGACAGAGUACAGUCGGAAGAUCCAACUUGGAAGGACAGCGGUACCGCUUUCAUAACAUCUGUCACGAGAUUGCUAGAACGGCUAUUAGAUUACAGGAGCGUCAUACAGGGAGACGAGAACCGCGACAAACGCAUGUCGUGCACCGUUAAUCUAUUGAAUUUCUAUAAAAACGAAUUCAACCGGAAGGAGAUGUACCUGAGGUACAUUUACAAGCUCCACGACCUGCACCUGGCGGCAGAGAAUUACACCGAGGCUGGGUUUACCAUGAAAUUAUACGCCGAUCAGCUUGGCUGGGGAUCCACUAUUUUACCACCGGAUCACACCCACCCUCAGCAACCCGAAUGGCAAAGAAAGGAGCUGCUCUACCAUCAGAUCGUUCAUUACUUCGACCGAGGCAAGUGUUGGGAGAAGGGCAUCCCACUUUGCAAGGAAUUGGCCAUCUUGUACGAGACCAGGCUUUACGAUUACGCCAAGCUCAGUCAAAUCCUGAAAAUGCAGGCCAAGUUUCUGGAUAAUAUCCUCACCCAGCUUAGACCGGAGCCCGAAUACUUCAGGGUUGGGUAUUACGGCCUGAGCUUUCCUCUGUUCGUCAGGAACAAACUGUUCAUCUACCGGGGAUUGGAGUACGAGCGGAUAGGAGCCUUCACCCAGCGGCUCCAGACCGAGUUCCCUAGCGCGCAGAUAUUGAUGAAGAACUCCCCUCCGGAUGAGAGCAUCGUCUCAUCCGAGGGUCAAUAUAUACAGAUCUGCAACGUGAAGCCGAUUCCAGAGGAGAGCAGUCUGGCAUGCAGCACGACAGAGAUUCCGGACAGGGUGGUAGCAUUCUACCUGGUGAACGACGUGAGGAAGUUCACGUUCGACCGGCCUCUUCACAGAGGUCCCGUGGAUCGCGAAAACGAGUUCAAGAGUCUGUGGAUCGAGCGCACGACACUCACCACGGAGGCGAGGCUUCCAGGGAUCCUGAGGUGGUUCGAAGUCGUGGAAAAAAGAUCCGAGCUUCUCGCCCCGGUGCAAUACGCGUGCGAAACCAUGCAAAGCGUGGAAAGGGAGCUGAGAAGGCUCGUGGCCCAAUACACCGCGGAGCCGCACAGAAACAUCAAUCCCUUCAGCAUGCGACUUCAAGGAAUCAUCGAUGCAAACGUGAUGGGCGGCAUCACCAAGUACCAAGAGGCUUUCCUCACGCCGGAGUUCUCCAGACAGAAUCCGGAGAUGGUGCCGCACGUCAACAAGCUGAAGAGCCUAAUCCUGGACCAGAUGAGCGUUUUGGAGUCCGGCCUGGUCCUGCACGGGCAAAUCGCCCCCGCUGGCGUGCAGCCUCUCCACAAGAGACUGAUCGAGAGAUUCACCCAGCUGAAACAAGGCCUGGGGCCUCUGGCCAGACAACGCACCGUGCAUCAAGAUAGUAUUAUAAACUCGCCCCUGCCGCCGUUGCCUGUGAACGAGAAGCAGAGACCAGUCACCCUGGAAUCGGUGGGCUCGAGGAUAUCGCAGGCCGACAGCGACGGUCUCCCCGAAGACGAAGGUUUCUACACGAAGCUGGAGGGCGUUCCGCCCCCGAUUCCGCAAAGAGAGGUGCGGCCCCGUUCCGUGGGGUACGGCAGCACGCCUCCCCGACCGACUCAUCAGCGAACGCUGAGCAAGCCUUUGAGCCCGAAACUGCCAUUGAGACAUUCCUUACCGACCCCCACGGACGGGACCGAUCAGAGCAACCUGAGGAGCUCCUGGAGCGAGCCCGGGCCGCAGUCGGACCCCGCGCCUCCGCUCCCACCUAGAGGCUGCACUCCCGACAAGAGGGACUCGAAUUCGUGCUCGGCGGGGCCCCCCGUGCCGCCUGCCCCGCCGAAGAGACCGACGCCCAAACGCAACGCCGAGUGGAGCACGGACGACGACGCCGACAUUCCCCAAAACGAGACCGCCGACUUCAGAGACAGCGGGAUCUCCACCGCCAGUCUCUUGGACUUCCAGGCGCACCUGACCAACCUGAACAACCUCAGUUACGAGGACUUCGAACCUAGAAUCAGGUGCAACGACGUCAUGAACAUCUCUCCUCCCUCGGCAACGCAUCUAAACGCCUCGGUCGGCAACCUUUCCAGCGGUUCGUUCCAGGGGCACAGCCGGGAGGUCAGUCCGCCACCGAUACCACCGAAGGCCCAUCAGGACACUCCCUCGGCGCCCUCGACUCUGGAGCGAGGGUCCAGCAGGUCCCAGAACCACGGUCACGCGGAGAAUUACUCCGUGCCGAAGCUGCAGACCCUCUCCGUGGUUUCGGACAUGGAGAGCAGCGUCUAACAAUGAUAUCGACUAGUCCUAGCGGUUAAUAUUAGUGACGCGUCGAUACCUCGAAACCGGGUCGCCUUCCGGUCGGAAACGUUUUUCGCCCGACUCCGGCAGGCGACGAGACGGAGCCUCGAAGGGGGCCGUCGGGGUGGACGCGCCACCGGGCAAGUAGGCUUAAGGGCAUAUUGUAACGAUCUAAAAUGAAAUCUUCUGAAUCAUUAUCGCAAGAGGAUUCUAUCUACCUACAUGUAUCGUACCUCGAUAACCGGUGCUCCGUUUGAAGACCGGAAGCAUCGUCCUGCUUCCGAGGGAAUCCGAAGUAGAGUCCGGUAGGGUCGUUCCGGGACAACCCGGAGGUCCGUAUCGGGCACCCGUGCGCAAGAUAUCAGUCAUUUUUACGUAGCUCGUAAGGCUUAGAGAGGUUAAUUCAGCACGAACCAGUCAAUUCCGAUUAUUUGACGCAUCGAGCGACGGUGGCUUCCAGGAUCGAAACGGAGGCCCGCUGAUUUUAGUUUAAAGACGACGCUCUUCCGAGUAUUGAUCUACCUAUAUAUUUUGUAAUUUAUUUAUAUUUUCAAGAAGAAUAAAAGUCAUUUUUAUCUA